UUUAAAUCGUAGCAUUCUAAACGUUCGGAAAGAUAGUUGACGGAGAACCACCGUUUUUCUUUUAAACUCAAAAUUCAAAGACGGCGUAACAGGCAAUGUUAAGACGCAAAUGCUUUCAUUCAAGGGUCCUACCACGAUCUCGGUCUGCAGGAAUGACGUCGAUGGAGGGUUAAUCAGCUGAUUCUUUGCGAUCAAAUAAGCCAAAAUAACACAGUUUUAUCCGUCAGAAGAGGUUUAACAUCUCCCGGUCGCGGAUAAUAUUUUGGUCGGACACGGUUGACAUGUUUUAUUUGGACCGUCAUCAUGGACAAGAUUUUGGAGGGCCUCGUCAGCUCCAACCACUCUGUUCCAGUGAAGAGAGCCAUUGUGAAGAAGGUAGUGGAAGCCGCCGAGAAAGAGGUGACAGAGGAACAGUGUCAGUCGCUGUUUAAUCUCACCACCCGCCUCAUCUUGCUUGGUGAAGAUGCCUUCCAGAAGCAGAUUGGCUUCCAGGUUUUGGAUGCCUAUGCACGUUACCACCGCCCAGAGUUUGAGCGAUUCUUCAGCAAAGACUUUGUCCUCAGUCUUCUGCAACAGGGCUACAGCCAGCUGGACCGCAAAGACCCUGCCAUUAUAGACUACAUUCACUGCUGCCUGCGGCUGCUCAUCAGCUGCCCCUCGGUGCUGGAGAUCUUCAGUGUGAUCCAGGUGGAGGUUUUAAGGAUGGUGUGCGAACGUCCGGAGCCUGCGCUGUGUGCCCGCUUGAACACUUUGCUCUCAGACUUUGUGCAGUGCAUCCCGAGGGAUAAGUCAGGCGUUUUGUUCUGCCAGCAGCUGGUGAGAACAAUCAGUUACUUCCACUGCUUUGCCAGUGAAGAGCGGGAGCUGGGAGAAUAUGUCGGUCAGGUGACCAAGGUUAGCACACUGCUGCAAAACAUCUGGAAGGCUGACCCAGCCACACUUCUUCCCUCACUGCAGGAAGUCUUUGCCAUCAUAUCUUCCACGGAUCCCUCUUUUGACCCAUCCAUCGCUCUGGCCAGCCUGGUCCAGCACAUCCCUGUACAAAUGAUCACAGUGCUUAUCAAGAGUCUCACCACAGACCAAAAUGUCAAAGACGCGAACAUGACUAAAGCACUCUGCAGGAUGAUUGACUGGCUUUCAUGGCCUCUGGCCCAACAUGUUGACACCUGGGUCAUUGCUCUUCUCAAAGGACUAGCUGCAGUGCAGAAGUUCACUAUCCUCAUAGAUGUCACUCUGCUUAAAAUUGAACUGGUAUUCAGUCGUCUGUGGUACCCCAUUGUGCGGCAGGGGGCGUUAGCUGUGCUCUCCCAUAUGCUGCUGAGUUUCCAGCACUCUCCUGAGGCCUUCCAUUUGGUCGUUCCACAUGUGGUGCAUCUAGUCCAGUCUUUGAGGACAGAUGGUCUCUCGACCAGUAAAGCUUUCUUGCUGCAGUUCACUGAGCUCAUACACUGCAUGAUGUACCAGUACUCUGGCUUCCCUGACCUCUAUGACCACAUACUAGAGGCCAUCAAGGAUCUUCCAAAACCCUCAGAGGAAAAGAUCAAGUUGGUGUUGAAUCAAAGUGCCUGGACAUCCCAGUCCAACUCAUUUUCCUCAGGUCUUUUGAGGCCAGUCGGGAAGUCUGAGACCGGAAAGACUGGCCUGGUCAACCUGGGGAACACCUGCUACAUGAACAGCAUCAUCCAGACUCUCUUCAUGGCCACAGAUUUCAGGCGAUAUGUUUUGUCAUUACAUCUAAAUGGUUCCAACACACUCAUGAAAAAGCUCCAGCUGCUCUUUGCUUUCCUCGCACACACUCAGAGGGCAGCAUAUGCUCCCAGAAACUUCUUGGAAGCAUCUCGGCCUCCCUGGUUUAAUGUCGGCUCUCAGCAGGACUGUUCUGAAUACCUCAGAUUUCUUCUAGACAGGUUACAUGAAGAGGAGAAAACACUUCAGGUCCUCGAAUCAGCUAAGCCAAAGGUCGCCUCCCCUGUUGACUCAAGCAGCAAAGAUCCAACAAGUCAGAUUUCUCCAAAGGAGGGAGAGGAUUCAUCCUUGUCUUCAGCUGACGUCAAGCCUGGGAACGACAGCAGGACGUUAAUAGAAACCAUGUUUGGUGGGAGUCUGAUCACGGGUAUUCGCUGUCUGCAGUGUAACUGCAUCUCUGAGAAAGAAGAGCCUUUUACGGACCUCUCUUUGGCCUUCUGUCCUUCUGCCACCUCUCAGAACAGCCCUCAGCCUGAGGGCCCCUCAGAGGAACCCAAGGUUCUCUGUCAGGGAUCUGUCAAUGGUGGCAGCGAAAUGCCUGAGCCAGGCUCGGCCAAAGCCCCGGCUAGCAAUGUCCAUUCUGUGCCAGCAACAAAUGAGCCUCCCCUCUCUGUGCCUGACCUGGUUAACUAUUUCCUGGCUCCAGAGAUUCUGGCCGAAGAUAAUGCCUAUUUCUGUGAGAAGUGUGGCUCCCUCCAGCGGGCUGAGAGGACUUUGAAAGUGGUGUCAGCGCCUGAAUACUUAAUCCUCACCCUGCUGCGAUUCUCGUAUGAUGCCAAAUGCCAUGUCCGCAGAAAGAUCCUGGAAAAUGUCACCAUCCCACCACUCAUGAGACUUCCUGUACAUCCCCGGUCAAUGCCUUCACUACCUUCCUCUUCUGCUUCUUCUCCUCUGCACGUGGAUUCUCCUGAGAGCAGUGAAAAUCUGGCCAAGAAGCUCAAACCAUCUCAAAAAGAUGAGGAGGACGAGGAGAAGGAGACAAUAGAUGGAGUAGAGCAGGUAAACAGAAGAGGAGAGAUGUCGGUUCAGUCAGUGCCCUACGUCCUCAGCUCAGUGGUGAUGCAUUCUGGUGUUUCAUCUGAGAGUGGCCACUACUACUCUUAUGGACGUAACGUUAAUGGAGCAGAUGGAACACAGCAUCCAGCCAACCACUUUGUCCUCAAAGAGGAUUUGAGAAAUGGCCAGGCUGAGUGUAGCCUCUCCUCUUGUUCAGCUCUCUCAAUUGCACCUGAACAAGAAGACGCACUGCCUAAUUGUAGCCAGGAGGCAAGGGAUUGGCUGUUGUUCAACGAUAGCAGAGUGACAUACUCAUCCUUCCAAUCAGUCCAAAACAUUACUAAUCGCUUCCCCAAGGACACAGCGUAUGUGCUCAUGUACAGGAAACAAGAGCUGCCGGGGCAGAGCAGAAACGCGGGACUGAUGGCAAAUAGAAUGAGACUGAGUGCUGAACCUCCCCUGCAGAAAGAGCUACUGGAUGCUAUUAUCAAGGACAACAAACUGUAUUUGCAGGAACAGGAGCUCAAUGCCCGGACUCAGGCUCUGCAGGCCCCUUCAUCCUCCUGCUCAUUCAGGCCCAACGGUUCAGAUGACAAUAACCCACCAGGGAGCUGUGGCCCAUCUGGUGGAGGAGGUGGAGGAGGAGGAGGGGGAGGGGGCUUCAACACCAUUAGUAGACUGGUCUUCUGAAAGAAAAAAGUACUGCUGGAAACCCAGAUUAACUGGCACUAAGGGAGUACUGAACUGUCAUACCAUAGAUGUGCAUACAACCUCAUAAAAGACCACUUAAAUGAGCUAAACACACACACACACUCACACAGCAUCUGCACUGAUUCUGAUAUUGGAUUUGAUUUUGUUGAAAUCUUCAUAGUUUUGAUUAAAUACGGUUUAUACCACUGUUUCGUUCAUCAUUUAAAGGUAACCUAUGCAGGUGUUGCACAGAAUAAUGAUGUAUAGGCUCAAUAAUAGUCCCUCACAGUCAUCACUUGCGACCAAUCACAAGUGUGUGGCUGGUGUCGGUAUCUGCAGAACAUUUGUGGGCAUCAACACUUCUGGAGAAAGACAUCUGAUUGUUGAGUCUCAGCCACUAAUCCAAAGAGUUGGCAUGUGACAACUCAGUCAACAAACAGUCAACUAUCCUUCUCGCUUACCGCACCUCUGAACGAUACGCUUACAAACAGCAGCCGAUAGGUCCUCCAUAGUAUACUUUUAAAAUUUCUCAAGUGAGUUUGAUUAUUUUGUGUGACCUCAGCAUUGAAACCCUUCAUUGAUCCUCUCUUAUCUAAAACUCGAAUCUGCUCUAAAUCUUGACAGACUUGUUAAAUGUGUAAAACUGGUUCAGUUUAGAACAUGUUCAUGUUAUUUGACUUGACACUGUCUUAGUGUUAUAUUACCUCACACACACAUACACAGAAACACACACACAAACAUAUGCAAAUACAUGCAUGUGCCGUGCACAGUACAGAAGAAAGCAUUCAUCUGUAAGAUAAACAGACUUCUGAUUUGUCAUAGUUGAGCUCAUGAACUCGCAGCUCAAAAUCUUUGUUUACUUUUCUGCAUGCGGCUUUUCUUCACAAACUGUGGAAUUUGAUUUUCAAGGUAUUUGAAUCUUUUUUUUUUUUUUUUUUUUUGAUGUGUGCUUUGGUGUUUUAUAGGUUUCAUACCCCAUGCAAUAAAUGUACAGAUGACUCAAAAUAACAUUCUGAAUAAUCAUGGAAUAUAAAACUAUAUGUGGAAAGUGGAAUACUGGGUAUGGGACAGUUCCAGGAGGCAUUAUUCAACAUGAAUAUUUUAUGCUGUUCUCCAGCUAAUAGGUAGUAUGAUCAGCAGAGAACUAAUUUGCAAACUUGCUUGUUUCGACACAUUUGACAGGAGUUAACUAUGUGAAGGCAUAUUUUAAUGCAUUCCUCUGAUUUGAUCGUUCAGGGAGAAUUUUGUGUUCAUGCUGAUUUUAUGUGCCUUUUGAUAUUUAAUGCAGAUUUUUUAAGAGGAUUUUGUCAGGAUAUACACCUCAGCUGUACUCUGUUAAUAUUCAUAAUGACUCCAUCUUUCUCUAAAUCAGUAUUUGUUGUAUUGUUUAACUUAAUUAGGCAGGAUAUGUAAUAUCAAGUGACUGACAAAUAUUAGAAAAUAAGAAAUGAUAAGUAUGAAAGGCAAUUAAAUACUCAGUUCAAUAUUGGUAUGACAAAGCAGCAGGUGGUUUCUGGAAAUCUUAAAUUAAUUUUUUAUGGAAAUGAGCCAAACAUCAAAGGUUAUUAGUGUGUUGUUAUGCUCAAGUGUCUGUGUCACCUUACUUGUCACAUUUCCAUAAUUCCAUGCCUGCAUUGCAGAGAAAAUAUUCACCCCUCGAGAUCUCUUUCUGUACAUAAUUUAUAUUCUGUCUUGCAAGUAUAUACAGACGCUGACAUCACCAGUGCCAGGUAGAAGGAUUUGAAGAUACAAAUAAUGCAUUUUCUAAUCAGUUAAAUACUUUACAUUGCAAAUGGUUAAAUGUUCGAUUCAAUGCUUUACUGGUACUGCAAACCUCAAGAAAUCCUCUCAGAAACAUGCAAUUUUCUUUGGUUUGUAUGUGAUUUUGUUGAUUAAAAAAAAAUACAGAACCGUA